AUUCUUUUCAGUGAAGUAAGCUUUUCACAUGAAGUGUUAAAAUUUGUGAACGUACCAAAUUCCAGUGAACGGAACAGCCAAUUAAAACAGCAAGUUCAAAAUGGUGCCGAAAAUUGGAUAACAAAGGUGUGGAAGAGAUUUUGUUUAGAUCUUUGUCAGUUCCCCACCUAGCAGUAUCGUUUCUUUCAAAGGGAUGGAUGGGGCAGAGUCAGUACGAUCUGGUCGCAGUGACCGGUCGGAGCGCUCUCAUCGUAGCCAUGGCAGCCACCACAGUCGCCAUCAUCGGCAUCGUAACCACACCUCUCACCGGAGCCAGAGUGGACGCAGUAGCGACCGUAUGCGAGAUGACCGCUCGGUCACUAUUCAGACACCCGGAAAUGGGUCUGACGGAGAGAGUCGUAUUGCAGAAAGUGAGAAAAUAGAGGUCCAAAUACUUCCUCAGGAUGAUAAUUGGGGUGAUAACACCACAGCAUACACUGGGAACACGAGUGAAACAGGGUUCUCUAUGGACGAUAUGAGACGUUUUGCGAACGAGAAGUUCGAGGAGGAUACGGGGGGUAUAGAUUGCUGCAGGUACUUCUGCAGGUACUUGACCACAGCGUUUGCUGGCCUGCUUAGUUUACUGGGAUUUUUCUCGCCCAUUGCAAUGGUGGUUUUACCAAAGUUAAAAAUCAGUGGGUGGGCAACAGACAACUGUGGUGUGGAGUGUGAGGGACUUCUCAUCAGCAUGGCUUUUAAGCUGCUCAUUCUUCUCAUAGGGACUGUCGCACUAUUCUUCCAUCAACCGCGGGCAACCAUGCCGCGAGUUUUCGUAUUCAGAGUGGUCGUCCUUUUCCUCGUCUUCAUUUUGACAUUUGCAUUCUGGUUAUUCUAUGGAGUAAAAAUUAUGCAAGAAAAGGAGACUAACUACUACAGUAUAGUACAGUUCUCCGUCCACCUAGUGGACGCCCUACUCUUCAUUCAUUACAUUGCUGUCAUUCUACUCAUAAUACGCCAGUUACAGCCACAGUAUGUCAUUCACGUAGUACGAUCUCCGGAUGGAGAGAGUAGAACAUACACCCUGGGAAACCUUAGUAUACAGCGUGCGGCAGUGUGGAUUCUAGAACAGUACUAUAAGGACUUUCCAGUGUUCAAUCCAUACUUAGAAAACGUCAUCAAGAAGACACUUAAAAUGAGUAGUUUAAAAUUCUACGAUGUAGAUGGUGGACAGCAGACGAACAACAACGCCAGAAAUCGUGCGAUGUUCGCUGCAGCAGGGAGACGUCGUGAUGGUAGUCACAAUGACCGGUUUUACGAGGAGCAAGAAUACGACCGCCGCGUACGUAAACGUCGCUCCCGUCUGGUCACCGCAGCGGAGGAAGCAUUCACUCACAUCAAACGCAUGCAAGAGGAAACAGGGCCUGCUGUUCCCAUGGACCCUCAGGAAGCUGCCCAGGCGGUCUUUCCAUCGAUGGCGCGCCCUCUACAGAAAUUCCUGCGCGUUACCCGACAACAACCACGCUACACAAUGGAGUCAGUACUCUCUCAUCUAGCGACGUGCAUUAGCCACGACAUGAGCGCGAAAUCAUUCAUUGAGCGCUACCUUAACCAAGGCAUCGUGAUCAUGAACUCAAAGGAUUACAGAGACACACAGAAGUGGGUGCUAGUUUGCGAUCAGUUGCUUACGCGGGAAAUAGAACAUAACCUCGUGUUUCAGCUACGUCAGAAUGAUGUGUCACUGCUGUGUUCCGUACGCAAGCUGCCUCAUUUUAACAUCACUGAAGAGGUGAUAGACCCUAAGUCGAAUAAGUUUGUACUUAAGCUGAGCUCGGAAACAUCUGUAUAGUGAUUAACUGUAGCUUUGAGAGCAAUAUUGAUCGUAAUCCUGAUUUCAUACACAGUGCUUCAGUGUAUUAUGUAAAAGUCCUUCAUUAAUUUUACAUAGGAAGUGUAUGAAACCAUUUUUUGUGUGUGAAAUUGUUGAUAAGGAAGGUCAAUUAAAGCAAUAUAUAUCGGCAGUUUGAAAGUUUAUAUGACUUAAUCAGUGUCAUAGGGGGAGCACAAAGGAUCCAAGUGAUAUUAAAUGAGGAAAAAGAUGGAACCUUUUCGCUUCUAUCUCACCUAAUGGAGUAUUCAGUUGUACAGUAUGGUGCCAUCUUAUCAAACAAGUUUUUCAUAGGAUCACGUUUUAAAUUAAAUAUAUUCCUGUGUAGUAAUGAUAUCUUUUCCCAGAGAGGAGUAGUUAUUUUUGUCUAUUGGAACAAAGUUUAUUUGAUUUUUCAAUCAAAAUUUGUGAUUUAAUUUGUAACACUAACGUGAAAUAAAACCGAAGUUUUUUUAUCUUACGAUAUUUUGUGACACACAUGUUGUUAAGAUAGCCCCUAUGUGCUUUGAUUUUUAUAAUUAUUGCAAAAACACAAACCAUUAACCUUUAACAUGUACAGGAAAAAUAUUCAGCAUGAUUUCUUGGAACUGUGUUAAUAUUGAUCGUGAUGUGACAAUUCAAAGAGUUUUGGAGCACUAACCUUACCUAGGUCAUUGUAUUAAUAUAUGUAAAACAUGCUAUGUUAAGCUGGAUUGAUGUCGCACGUUUAAGUGUCCAUAUUUGUGUAUAAAUAAGUGUUGUGAAACUCGUAUCUUUUUCUGUGCAUACAUGCGUUAAAUGUGAUUCAAAAUGAUAAUAUAUCAUUGUCAUUAUUUAAGGAUUUGAUUGAGAUGCAUUAAGUAGAAAUAUGUCUUAUAGUAACAGUAAUCACAACUAGCACAAGCCCUCAAGCCCAAAUCAACCUUGGGCUUCUAAGACCUUUUGGGUUUUGUUAUAUGUUUAUAUAUUCAGGCGAAUGUUGAAGAAAAAUCUCAAAUGCAAUGACUGUAAUAAGAAAAUAAGUAUGUAUAAUGUGGUACUGGGUCAAGAAUCUCCCAUGAAUUAGAGGAUUUUUUUCACCUAGGCAAGAAAAAGCAUCAUUUUUUUCAUAUUUGAUACAAAUUUUAGUACAAAUAUGUUUAAUUGUGGUCUUUGGCUUUCAAAAUGCUUUGAACGCAUUCAUGAGCUUUAAGUGUCCCCCACCCACAAUAAAAUGGCUCCCCGGGACCCACAUAUGGGUUUAACUUACGGACCACUACUUCAGGGAUUUUUGCUUUCAGCUAUUCUCAACCAUGAUAUAGAAUGGCGAGUGUUCAUGGUUUGACAUGGUUUCAAGAUUAUAGGUACUUUCAAGGUCAUUGACAUUUCUUUUUAAUCAUAAAUGUAAUUAUCUUGAUUCGAAAACCUGACCAUUAAAAAUCAACACUAUAAGACAUAUUUCUGCUUGAAACUGUUUUCAUGUGCAUUUUCUAUUAUCAAUGUUGCUACAUGUAUGUAGGGUGAUAUUGUAAGGCUGUUCAUCAAAAAAACUGUUUUUACAGCUUUCCCCUUGAUUUGGUGCUUGUAGAUGGAAUUUAUUUUCCUUUUCUUUUCAAACAUGUAUUGAACAUUUGAAUAAUCACUCUUUGGUUUGAAAAUGCUCAUGGAAUUCACUAGGACACUGCCCCGUUUUCAUGUACAGUCCAAACCUGUUGGCUUGAUAUCGCUUGUUUUUGCUUUACUCGAUUUCCUCGUUGGCUCGAACUGGACGUUAAGGACUGAUUUUGAAUUACUCUUUGUAAGAAUACCUGCUUGGCUCGAAAUUCACGAGACUUGAAGUAAUUUUCGCCGCCGGUCCCUGAGAUAUCGAGCCAAAAGGUUUCGACUGUAUGUCAGUAAGUCUGUCAUCUAUUUGAAUACAUGUAAAUGUUACCUAUAAGGAGAGAUUAAUGAUUUAGAAUGUUAACUUUUAACAGAAAUUCUUGUAUGUCUUCAUAUGAUUAUCAUGCAAGCAUACAAGCGUUUUACUGCUCUAAGUUUCAAUUUAUUGUCCGAUGAGUAAACGUCAUAAAGAUGAAUAAGUUCCCCAAAGAUCUGAAUUUCAUCAUUUCAACUUCAUACAUUACAUACGUUGGUUUGUAAAGACUCUUCAAAGACAUGAUGUCAGUAUUUAAUCCAUUCUUUAAAAGAAACCACAUCACUUUUCAUACAAGAUGUAGCCAUGCAUUGAAAAUAAUGGUGUUUAGAGCUCCAUUUAAAUAGGCUUUGUUUGCCCUUACAGGACCCACAUUUCAAAAGCUCAGUUGAGUGGUAGUUAUUUGUACUUUCUUACCCCAAAGGUGUCUAUUGAGAAUUUGAAGCUGGAAGUAUAGACAUACCCUUAACAUCAAUAAUUGAAGUUUUCCACUAAAUUGUUGAAGUUAAAGUCUCUCGAAUGCUAUAGUUUGCUCUACUAUUUUUCAUCUUGUAUGUUAAAAAUCAAAUGAUUAUAACUUUAACUUGCCAAAUUCACAAAUGUUUAUUGUAAUAAUUAAUUUUACUUUAAGACUGAUAGAAAAUGUGAUCAUUUAAGUCAUAUGUACAUCAGGUUUUUAUAUUUUGAACUUCCAAACCUUCAUCUUUGGAAAUUUUAGCCCAUUUCUAAGGAGUAAUAUAAUUACAAACUUUGAAAGUAAAUAUCCCUUAAUUACAUAAUUAAAAAUGAAAAUACUAGUAUUACUUUCAGAGAGGCUAAAAAAGCUUACGAGUGCAUCGUUGUAUUUGUGAGUCGUUCUGUAAAGGCCAAACAAACCAAAUAAUUCAUUGUGGACUUACAGCGCAUUUUAAGAUCUGAAUGUCAUUAUGCAAUUCCAUGUCUUCAAAACCUUUUGUAUUUGUUUUACAUUUUGUUUUAUGUUUUAUUCCUAAGUAAUAUACACUUUAUCAGAAUCUACUGCAAGCUGGUUGUGUUCUGUUCAUGCUCAGUAAUUUGUCCUCAUUUCAUAUCAAUGUUAUUUUGUGUCUAUAUUUAGCAUUGAAGUUGACAUGACGCUGACGGCACCCUGAUAUAAAUAUUCAUGAUUGUUCUAACCAAUGAAGAUAUUUACUGGUCACAUGAUAUGUAAAUUACUGUUGACAGACAAAUACAUGUGGGCUUGGAUUCAAUACAUCAUUUUUAUCAACAAACUAGGAAAUAUUUGAGGGUGGUCAUAUUUCCGAUUAAAGCGUCAUAUCAAUUUCUUCUGAUGUCUUCACUAAUGAUUAAAUCAUGUGAUCUAAAGGAGGUUGUUUAAAAUAUUUUCAUCUACACUGUAUAAUAAUUGCUUGGAAAAUCCGGAAGUUGUUUAAAAAAAAUAAUUCUCAUUUAUUUAAUUUUUAUAUAACAAUCAUCUGAGUUAUAAUUGUAAUUCCUUUAUUUUGUGGAACAUUGCUGUAAAGUUCUUAAUUGUAUGACAAUAGGAAUGGCGAUUUUCACAUGCAGCUUUCAAUGUAGAAAUGAUACCAAUAGCUUUUGUUUUUAUUGUUGCUGAAAAAACUCAGCGAAAAGAUGUAAAAAUAUAAAAAAAACACUAAAACUGUUCUAUUUAAUUUUUUUGAACAUUAAAUGUUUUUACUUUAAUUUUAUGUUCGAGAUGUUGAAAACAUUGAAAAAAAAUUAAUAUUCAUCAUGGAUAAUCACAUUACCCUUUUUUCAUGGGCUCUUGUUCUUACAAAUUUAAUAAGCCAUGUAGUUUGACCUUAAAACUGCACUCUCACAUAUUGACGGUUUUUACCAUUUUUUUUAUUUUUUGUCUUUGAAUGAAUCAAUCUUUGUGUGAAUAUCUGGAAACCAGUGAUACAAAACUGGUGAGGAAUUAUCAGAAGGCAGUUUUUAAUAUAUAUAUUUAUGUUCGAAAAUUAUGAAGUUUGUGGCUAAAAGCUUUACUAACGCAUUUUGAAAAAAAAGUUUAUAGGAAUAAAAUAUCAUUUUUUUAAUGUGAUUAUGAAAAACUGCAAUCUGAUUCUUUGUCAGCAGUCGUAAAUGGUUCUCAGACAUCGACACAAAAUUGACUUGUAAGACAAAAAAUAAUAUAAAAAAAUGUCAAAAUGGUCCAUCUGUGAGAGUGUAGCUUUAAAUAUUAAAUGUUAACACCAAACUAUGUUAAUGUGCCAUUAUCAUACUGUCAUCUGCCAAUGUUUUGUCAUGAAAGUUUAUGUUACUUUGUUCUCAGUAUUUUGCCAUGACCAAAUAGUUUGUAGGCAACUACCUUAUUUUACUCAGUUCAUGCAUUCUUUUGUACAGUUCAGCCUUCAAAUGUAAAAACAACUUUUUGUAGAACUAUUUUGUAAAUUAUUUUUGUCAUUAAAAUUGGUAGACUUUCAAACAA